AUGGCGGACAACACCAGAAUGCGGGAAUUACAUCAACGAUUGGAAACUCUUAAGCAGCAAUUUCGUGCUGCCGAGUUGGUCCGCGAACAACAACACACUUCGCUUCAGGAUUCUCAUCUCCAAUUACACACUUCCCAACAGCAAUUACAGGAUUCCCAUACCCGCUUUCACCAGGAUCUUGCUCGGUUGAUUGAACUAAACACCAACAACCGAGGCAUUUUGGGAUCUACUCCCCAGGGUACCCCACCGCCUGUAUCUGACAAUUCCAGAUCUCGUCACGUCAAGCUUGAUUUUCCUCAUUUCGCAUCUGGUGACCCAACAACUUGGAUCAUAUGCGUUGAAAGGUAUUUUGCGUUUUACCAAGUUCCACUACCUGAUCGUUUAAACCUUGCUGCUUUUCACUUGGACGAACCUGCUGCAAGUUGGUUUUACGGUUCUGACCAAAAUGGGCUCUUAAUUGACUGGCGAACUUUUUGUACGGCUUUACACCGCCGCUUUGGACCGUCCGAGUUUGACGACCCUGCAGGUGCACUAGCGAAAAUUCAACAAACCGGUUCUGUACUUGACUAUCAAUCUUCCUUUGAGAAAUUGGUGAGUAAAGUCACUGGUCUUUCUGCUACAUUACUGCGUAGCAUUUUUAUUUCUGGGUUGAAGUCACACAUUCGCAGAUCUGUUCUCACUCUCAGACCUCAGGAUUACCACGAAGCUUUUUCUCUGGCUCGUGUGUAUGAAGAUCAGGCUAAUGAGAACCGCUCUUUUCGAUCCUGGUCCACAGCUCCCAAAACCCUCCCGUCAACCUUCACUACCACCACAAAUACACCCAUCCCAGUUGUACCCAUACGCCGCUUAUCGCCAGAGGAAAUGCAAUUAAAAAGGGAGAAAAAUCUAUGCUACAACUGUAAUGUGAAAUACUCUUUUGGUCACAAGUGCAAAGGGCGUGCUGCCUUACUUUAUUUCGAGGGAACGGACGAUGACCCAGGUCCAGAUGUGUCAGAACCUCCUGACCCACCUGUGGUUCCUCCUCCCUUUGAAGGUACACCAGAAAUUAGUUUCAACGCAUUGUUUGGCCACCACAAUUCGAGGUCAUUUCGUCUCACAGGGGCUAUUAAAGGAAAGUCCGUACAAAUUCUAGUGGAUGGGGGUAGUACCCAUAAUUUCAUUACUGCCCGUAUGGCCAUUUUUCUUGAUUUAACCAUGCAACACAUUCCUCCUUUCCAAGUGCAGGUGGGAAAUGGUGAUACUCUCCAAUGCACGGCCACGUGUGUAGCAGUGCCACUGUUUCUUCAGUCCAAUAUAUUCUCUGUGGACCUAUUUGUUUUGGACCUAAAAGGGGCUGACGUUGUGUUGGGUAUCCAAUGGUUAUCAACCUUGGGCCCUAUUGUUACAGACUACUCCCACUUAACUAUGUCCUUUACCCACAACUCCUCCACCAUACUCCUCCAUGGUGAUCAAGACCCACGUCCUUCCCAAAUAUCCAAUGCCCAGUUACACAAGAUGGUCGCCCAAAAUUCUGUUUCCUCGUGUUUUAUGUGCCUAACCAGUCAACAACCCACCCAGUCCCUACAAACACCUUUACCCACCCAGUCUAUUCCAAUACAACAAAUUUUGUCCCAAUUUCAAGAUGUGUUCAAUUCCAUUACCUCCUUACCCCCAGACAGACCUUCCAACCAUCACAUUAACCUCCUUCCAAACUCUAAACCUGUCCAGGUUCGACCCUAUAGGUACCCUCAUUUUCAAAAGACUGAAAUUGAGAAAAUGGUCAACGACAUGUUAACCAAUGGGAUUAUUCAACCCAGUCAUUCUCCUUUCAGUUCCCCAGUAUUGUUGGUUCGCAAAAAAGAUGGCACGUGGCGUUUUUGUGUUGAUUAUCGUGCUUUAAAUGCGAUCACCAUACCGGAUAAAUUCCCCAUUCCUACUGUGGACGAACUCCUAGAUGAGUUACACGGAGCCCAGAUUUUUUCGAAGCUGGACUUACGAUCUGGCUACCAUCAGAUCAAGAUGGCACCCAUUGACGUCCACAAGACUGCUUUCAGAACUCACAGUGGUCACUUUGAGUUCCUGGUUAUGCCCUUCGGGUUGUCAAAUGCGCCAUCCACUUUCCAGGCGACUAUGAACCAUGUGUUCAAUAGAUUCCUCAGACGUUUUGUCGUCAUAUUUUUUGACGAUAUCCUGGUCUACAGUUCGUCCCUACAAGCUCAUUCUGAGCAUUUGGUACAGGAAAUUCAGUUCUUGGGCCAUAUUAUUUCUGCCCAGGGUGUCUCACCUGAUCCUUCUAAGAUACAAGCUGUCAAGGAUUGGCCUACUCCUAAGUCAGUUACAGAGCUACGGGCCUUUUUGGGCUUAUCUGGCUACUAUCGCCGGUUCAUACGAGGCUAUGCUACAGUUGCAGCCCCCUCACUGACUUAUUAUCUACAGAUGCCUUUGGAUGCUCUACCUAACUUUACCCUUCCGUUUGUUUUGGAAACGGACGCUUCUGGUGCUGGUAUCGGAGCAGUAUUACUACAGGAAAAUCAUCCCAUUGCUUACUAUAGUCGUAAAUUAUCUAAGCACAUGCAAGCUAAAUCUACUUAUUUCAGAGAGAUGCAUGCCAUCACCUCGGUUGUUGCCAAAUGGAGGCAAUAUCUGCUAGGUUCAUCCUUUGUUAUAAAGACGGACCACAAGAGUUUGCAUCACUUGAUGUCUCAAGUGAUUCAAACACCUGACCAACAGCAGUUCCUUGCGAAGCUGCUCGGUUUUAAUUACUCCAUCCAGUAUAAACCUGGAAAGCUCAAUGUUGCGGCUGACGCACUGUCACGCCAGCCGGAGGGGAGUGUUAUGUGUUUAUCCCCUGAUUCCAAAUUGAUUAGUUAUCCUACUUCUCAGUACAGUCCGCUUAUACAGUCUGAAUUACAAAAAGACUCAUAUGCUACUGCUAUUUUACAUGAUUUACAAAGAGGAUCUUCUAAAUGGCCACAUUGGCAUCUUCACCAGUUUCCAUCGGAUCUCCACCGUACACCUCCGGUUCACGUUCCAGCUGCCUUUGUUGGCCAUCGCUCGGUCUGGAAAAACGGAAAAGACACUCCUCAAGUAUUGGUUCAAUGGCGAGGCUUGCCACCAGAGGAAUCCACAUGGGAGGAUGAGUCCCUUUUAGCCGCCGGAGUAAUAGAAAAGGUUUCCCCUUUGCCUCACAACAGUCACCUUACCCAACGUCAAAGGACUUCUUUGGAAACUGAAGGUGCAAAUGAAACAGCACAAAGUCCCACUGUCUCAACUUCAAUUCAGACAUUGGGCCACCAACCUGUCAUUAUUGCUGCCCCCCUACAGCCAAUCAGGAGGAGGCCACGCGGAUUCUUAUCCCUUCCCCAUCCAAUCCGUCUUUAA